AUGGCUCACCCUAGAGGACGGACUCCGGGCCAAAGAAGCCCUCAUGUGCUGGUGACCGAUUCGCGCGAUAAUAUACACUCCGCUCAACCCCGCCGUCGUCGUUCCCCGUCUACUCGCUUUAUCACGGUUGACAACAUUCUCCAAUAUACCUCCGAUGUCCCGUCUAUGCAGCAGCGCCUUCCGCCCCAGACUUCACGAGUCCGUCCAAGGUCACGACUUGCAUCCGCAGCGGGUGGUUUAAUCGGCUCCAGUAGUGGAGUUAACCCUAGCGGUGCUGGCGCUAGCGCCUCUACUACAGCAGCCACCAUCGGUCGUCUCGCGGCGCAGCCGCACCUCCCACCGCGGACAACGAAAGUUAGCGAGAAACUGGUUCUUUUGCCGGAGGCGGAAGGGGUGGAGGAGAAAUCACCGGACGAGGAGGAGGAAGAAGAAGAUGAAGAUGAAGAAGAAGAUAUCGUGGAUGAGGAAUUGGUGCAGAGACUAGCCAGUGAGAAAAAUAUCGACCCGGAAUCUAUAAGACAGCGACUAUUAGUUCAGAGGAGGCUUGGCGGGGACUUUGGGGUUGACAAUGAUAUUGCACCCUUAUUGGCAGAGGAAGAAUUGUUGCGCCGCCGAAAAGUGCCGCCGGAGAAGGCCAAAAGCUACGCAGAGCGGCUACCUAAGGCGCGACGCGCGGAGAAGCUGGCCCGUGUGACCGCAUACUGCACGGCCCAGGCUUACAAGAUGAGCUUGGUGGCGUCUUUUGUGAAGGAUAAGCAUGGUGGACGGACCAAGCUGUACGAUGAUUGUCUGUACACGGCGUAUCAUCUACCGUUGUUGCAGGGGAUCGAAGGCUACAGGUUGAAGAGCAGUCCGAUGAUCAAGAAACCUGGUGGGAAGUCUCUCCUGGAUGAGGAAAUUGAGAGGAACGAAUUACGCGAUCAUGAUGAUUACAUGGUGGAAGCAGAGGAGCAUUCAGUCGUCGGCCGUGCAGAGCAUGGCUCACCGCGACACGACAGCGAGGAGCCCAGACUGCUGCCUCAUGUUGAACAGGAAGAUUCCCGUAUUCAUGGAGGAGCUGGAUCAGAACAAAUGGAAGCUACCCACCAUGAGCGUCCUGCCCACGGACUCCUCUCUGGCCUCGUACGACCCUCGCGAUUGCCGUACAAUGUGGCGGAGAUGUUCGUGUUCAGCUAUGGUGUGGUCGUUUUUUGGAAUUUCACAGAGAGACAGGAGAAAGAUCUCCUUGCCGAUUUGGCAUUUGCGACAUCGUCUGCCACCGGCUCGCCCGCUGCGCUUGCAACAAUGCCGUUGUUGGAGGAAGACUUUGAAACGGAAGAAUUCCACUUUGAAUAUUCAACGGAGAUCUCCCGGCCGCGUGUGUACAAUGACAUGAUUACCUUACGAAGUGGUGACCAUAUGAUCAAGCUCGCUAUCAGUCACGGCAUAUCCCAAAGCACCAAGCUCUGCUUCUUCGAAGAAGCCAUGGCGCGACAAAUGGCAGAAGCCAAGGAUAUCCCGCGCCGACUUGCCAUGACGGGGAAUCUGGGCAUGAAGCGGGAAGAAGUCUUCCGAAUCCUGGGAAGACUGUUCAAGAGUCGAGUAGAAGUCAAUCUAUCUUCCAACAUGCUGGACGUGCCCAACUUUUUCUGGGAAAGCGAGCCAACUCUGUACCCUCUCUACAUUGCCGUCCGAGAAUAUCUCGAAAUCAAACCCCGGAUUCAAGUCCUCAAUGAGCGAUGCCGAGUCUUCCUCGACCUGGCAGAAAUACUCUCUGAUUCUGUUGCCGAUAGCAAAACCUCCCAUCAAACCUGGAUCAUCAUUAUAUUAAUCCUCAUCUCCAUUGUGGUGACCAUCUCAGAAGUCUUCCUCCGGUUCGGUCUUCUCUCCGCCGAAAAAGGAACCACAGCGAGCUCAGUUGUCGCGUCUCUCUUCUCUUCACGAACCUUGAAACCUCUUCCUUCAUGCUCAUGUCCUCUUUCCAAUCCUGCAGUAGAAGGAGGAAUAGGUAUGAAUAUGACAGGGUUAUGA